AUGGAUUCGCAAACCGCAAUUUCGAUGGAUAAUGCUGAAAGUAACAGUCAUUUAUUCCUUUCCGAUGAGAAAAAGGGAUUUAGGCAUAAUUUUAUCACCCCCGAUUAUUACCAUAGCAGGAGGGAGGACAAAUUUAAGUUCACGCACAGUCACACCUACGGUCAUACGUAUGGCCACACGUACAAUCAUAGCUGGGAUAAUAAUUACAACCAUGGUUACAAUCAUAGCCGCGGUCUUAGCCACAGCCACAAGCAGAAGGACGACGUUUCACCCCCUCUCAGCGGCACCGAUUUGAAGAGCGUGAAAAACAGGUUCGACUCUUUCGCACCCCCCAAAAGUUACAAUCACAUUGUUAACGGAGAAAAUGCAAAGCUCUGUGGCAACGUCGAGACUUUAUUAGAUGUGGAGCACUGUGAAGACGACCCGAGAAAGGGCGAAUCCAAAAAUUUUCCGAAGCUGCAUGGCACCAGUUUACAUAGCGCAGAUCAUGAUUCGCAUGUAGCUACUCACCAUCAUAUAUGCCACAGUGGGGGUUACUCCGAAAACGUGGGGACGAUGAGGUCGGUGGACCGGAGGAAGCGAGAAGAGCUUCCAGAACGGGGAGAUCAUACUGCAGUGGGACAGGGAGAUGAACCAGUGGAGAAGGAGCAAAUCUUCCAAAGAGCAACCCUUACCCAGAGAUCGCAUGAUCUCAGUGCCAACGGAUCCAUUUACACAAAAGAAUACAAAGCGAGCAAUGAAAAACUCAGACAAAAUAAUAUGAAUAGCCAAAUUAUUAAAGACAUUAGAACAAGCAAAUCAAAUAAUAAUUUCAGAAACAUAGUUAUCACGAAUGUCUUUUUGGGAAAUAUUCCACCGAGCAUAACAGAGGAGAGGAUAAAAAACGUGUUGGAAGUUUUUGGCUACAUAAUCCACAUUGAGUACAAGUGGUCCAUAGAUAAAUGGUCCUAUGCUUUUGUCUACUUCGUUGAUGAGAAGUGUGCAAUAAAUGCGGUAAACAUUUUGAAUCAGAAGAGAUUUUUCGACAACUCUCCCAACCACAAAUUGAUAUGCUUUAUCGUGUCCAAGCAAAUUCCUAACCAGAAUACGCUUCACUACAGCAAGGCCAAUUUUUCCCUCUUGAAGGACGGUCCACCGGGCGCAAAUCUUUUCCUGUACGGAAUCCCCCUCAAGUGGACUGAACUGAACCUGAUUCAGUUGGUUAACAAGUACGGCCAUGUCGUGGGGCUCAGGAUCCCAUAUAUAAACAAUGAGCAUGACAAGAAGCAGGGGAAUAGAGGCUUUGGAUUUGUAUCGUACGACAACAAGAAAUCUGCCAUUGAGGCGUUUGAGGAUCUGUCGAAAAUGUACAUCCACGGGAAGCUACUCAAGGUGCAGUUGAAAAAUGGCGAGGAGCAUUUAUUGCCGCCCAAGCUGAAGAGUAUGUACAGCGCCAGUGUGGGAGUGAACCCCAACGGCAACGUGAAUACCCAUGUGAGCAUGAACACCAACCCAGACCUCACCUCCAAUGUGAGUAUGAAUAUCAACCCAGAUGUCCAGGUCAAUCAGAGCAGCAAAGUGAAGGACCCGAACAGCACCAAAACGGCGCAGAGCCUUGUAAGCACCGCUGACACGCUGAAAACACUCAAUUCGGUUAAUUAUACAGAUGCACCGAAGAAAUUGAGGAGUAACUUUCCUAGCAGUAGCAGCAGCGCCAACUGCAGCGGCAGCAGUCAGGGCGCCAACUUCCUGACUGGAAAUAACAUGAUGGGUGAACUCAUGUGUAACGAUAUGGACAACCAGAUGCAACAUGUGUCUACAUCAGGCCAGAAUGCCACAGUGGAGUUGUUAUCAAAUGACGCAGGUAACAACACCAUGUCAUUGGGGAGUUCACACGGAAAGUUGGUUAAACAUUUUUCAGACAAUUAUUAUAAUAAAUAUAACACGACAAACAGGAGACUGAAUAAUUACAUGCACAGUUUUAACAAUUCUAAAAGUAUAGGAAACAAGGCGAUUCUUCCUUCGACGUACCCAGUGGAACCGCUCAGCGCUUUACAUAAGACGAGCGAAGUAGUGGAUAUUUUUCGAGGCACCGGUGCAAGUAGCAACACCCGUUUGUAUUAUACACAAAAGGGCAAUAGUGGGAACUCCUUUAGGGGUACACUUGGAAGCGUCAGGGGAUGCUUGAUUAGUGAUGAAAAUGGAAGUGAGCCCGAGAGUGCAAGUCACAUCGAAUACACAGGAAUGAGUAAGUACCCCCAUAACAUGGAAGAUGCAGCAUUGAAAGUGAAUAGAAAGAAAGAAACUACAACGUAUGACUAUGCAGAUGAUCAUUUUGGCCACGUGCUUAAUGAACGCGUUGAUACAAACGAUAGGGGGGCGGACAGAGAAGAUCUCUACUCCUGGGACAUGGGGCAAACGUUUCAUAUACCUACCGAAUCAAAUUCCAGAAGAAUAAACAGUAAACUGUAUGAUCACCCGAACAAAAUAGAAGGACAGAACUUUCCAAUUAAUGAUAAUCCGAGCGGUUCGUAUAACUGUGAUCCAUUGGAGGAGGACACCCAUGCCGACAAAGAGGAAGUAGCUAAAUUGAAUCAUCUGAAGAACAAGAUUUCUGUACAUCAGGGGAAGAGCAUGUUUUGCAAUCCCAUUGUUGAGGGAAAGACGAACGUGAACAUGUACAGUCAGUUCUUUGCCAAUGGCACAACGGGAGAGUGCAGCGUCAAUGGGGAGGAGAGCGGAAAGUGGGACGGCAACUGGAAUGGAAAGUGGGACGGGAAUUGGAAUGGGAAAUGGGACGGGAAUUGGAAUGGGAAAUGGGACGGGAAUUGGAACGGGAAGUGGAACAGCUUUGCGCCCCUCGGGGACUCACUUAGAAGCGCGAAGGGUAAAACACAGAUGACCAGCGAAAACGGGAAUAUAACAUCCUUUCUAAAUCAUAUCUGGUACGAAAAUGGCCAGAGUGGCUCAAGUGCCUCCUGCAGCCCAUGUACUGGUUACAGUGGUGGUUACAGUAGCCCUUAUAAGGAUUGGCAAAAGAAGACGAACACGGGAGGGUCAGACGAAUAUAGUAAUUUCUCCUGCAGUGGUGCAAAAAACCAUGCUGUUGGUGCUAUUGGAAACAAGGAAAAAAGGGAAGUGGACACUUACACAUGUAAUGCGGAAGUGGAAGAGGCCCUCCCUGCCGAGGAGGAUAAGGGGGAUGCUCAAAUGAACAAAAGUUCACGUCUAUUUGUAAAUGGAAACGAUUGGCUGUAUGGGGAAAAGGAAUGUGAAGAAGUGAACGGAGCAAGCCCAAAUGACGAGAACUUUUAUCUUAGUUUUGAUCACGAGGAUUUGCACGACGCGGUCGUUGGCAGUGGUGACAGCAGAGGGAACGCAGGAAGCGGUGGCAGUAUGGGAAGUGGCAACGACACAUCCAACUACUGCAAAAAUAUGCAGCUCUUCUUUUCCUUCCUAAACACAUAUGCAAAUAAAAACUCGCUAAACAUCGAUGACCAUAUUAGCAAGGAAAACAUGAAGCUGUACGAAAUAUUGAACCCAAAAGUUGACAAACAGUCGGACAAGAACCUUUUGGAAUACUCUUUUAUGGAGUUGCUCUCGAAGAAUAGGAGAAGCGAGGUUCAGUGUGAGCAGGAGCUCGAGAGUCAGCUCCCAAAUCAGUUGGAUAAAGAAGAGGCACAGGACGAAUCGAGGAAAGAACUCCACAAGUACAACACCAUGCCCUACUUAGAGGAAGAUUAUGACCAGAUAAUGAAUUAUGACCCUCCCGAUGUCCUCAAAACGGGCCAUUUGAGUUCUAGUUUUUAUGAUCGUGUGAUCGCCUAUUCCGCGAAUGGAAAUAACGGGGGUGACAGCGGCAUUGGCAACGACAGUAGUGGCAGUGAUGAGAAGAGGCUGUGCCAGGAAAAAGGGAUCUCAGAGAAAAGCGAUGAACUUUUAAAUCAAUACCUGAGCGACCUGUACGUUUUCAAUGAUUAUGCGGGUGUGAAUAAUUGUAGAAGACCCAUGUUCAACUGUGAGGCGAGGAACGAUGGGCAGGCGGAUGCUAAAGCUAAUACUAGUGCUAAUGGUAAUUGUAAUGGUAAUUGUAAUGGUAAUUGUAAUGGUAAUUGUAAUGGUAAUGCUAGUGCUAAUGGUGAGAAGAUGUGCUGGAGCACGGGUAACGCUAACCCGGACAUUGAAGGCAGUGCCACCACCGGCAGCAGCAGCAGUAAUAGUAGUAGUAGUAGUAGCACGAGCUGCAGCAGCAAAGUCGUUUCGAGCACGCAGGAUGUCGCUUGCAAGCGCAUUCCAACGUACUACCAAGACAGUAAGAGGAGUGCGAAUAGUGGGUUCAAGACGAGCAGUGCCGGAAAAGGUUCCUAG